GGCUUCCGAGCCUUCUGAGACGGCCUUCUCCUUCUCACUUUCCCCCCGCGCUCGCCGCCGACCCUCCCGGGGCCCAUGGACAUGCUCUCCGCGACCCCCGCGGGCGCGUCCAUCUGCGAGCCGGGGGCGCUCUACGGCGACUGCCAGCUGCACGCCUGCGAGGCGGACGGGAGUGCCGCGGCCGCAGACCGGUGCAAGUGCUACAGCAGCGCGCAGGCCCCGAACGGGGCGGCGUGCGCUGUUGCGAAGGUCUGGGGCCUGAACCAGACCGAGAGCCUCGACAGGACGGCGUUCUGGAGCUGGGCCGCGCGGGCGCUCGUGCGGCAGGGCGCCCUCGGCGCGGGGGCGGAGUCGGCGGCGUCCAACAGCUCGAGGAGCGCCCUGCGGUCCUCGGGGCCGCUGGAGAUCUUGGACUGGGGCUCCGGGCAGACCUCGAUGGCUCUGUGCACGGGGACCGCCCUGUCCUCCGGCGGCGACAUCGACGCCGAGGCGGCGGAGGCCCUGGGCUCGGACGGGUCCUGCGCGCGGGUGCUCUGCUUCUGCGGGCAGCGUCAGUGCAGCCAGGCGGGCCUGUCCUCGGCCGGCGCUGCGUCCGCCUGGCCCCUCCUCGGCACGACCGAGCGGGCGGCGAUCGUGGAGCGCGCCGCCCCCAGUGCGGCAGCAGAGGAGGCCAGCGAGGCCGUGGACCUGGUCUGGGCAUGGGGGCUGGCGCCCGGGCCCGUGCCGUCUCGCAGCAUGCGGCCGGGCGCCGCGCUGAGCUUCAACUCAGCGGCGCUGGAGGACCUCGGCGAGCAGCGCCGGCUCUUCUCCUUCUGUGCGGGCACGGCGCCCGGCCUGGAGAUUGCGGGCGAGGGCUGCUGGCUCCUGGACUUCCAGCGCUGGAUUGGCGCCGUGCAGGAGCGCCCGUACCCGGCUCCGAAGGAGGAGUUCUACCUCAGGGUCUCCGAGUUCCUGCAGGAGCACACACUGCAGGUGCCCCUGCGGGACCGGGCCCAGCAGUUCCUGGUGGGCGACGGCGGAAGGAUCAGCGGCUUCGUGAUGACGUUCACCCUGAACGCGUCCGUGGACCAGACCAGGGAUGACGAUCUGAUGAGCAGGUGGGGCGAGUACGCCGCGUUGAGGGGCCUCCCUCCCCCGAACUCCACGUCGCCCGCAAGCCAGAGGGCCGUCGACGAGCAGGCGGCGCGGGCCAUCCGCAGCCUCUGCGGGGCCGUGGCGGCGCAAGCCGUCGCGCUGGCGGGCCUGGGCGCGCUGCUGGCCACGCUCAGCCUCGGCAUUGCCGUGGCCGUGUCUGCAGCGCUUGCGUGCGCCUUGGGGUUCCUGUUCUCCGUGCUCGUGGCGCCGAGCGCAGGGUCGCUGGAUGUGGUCUCGCUGCAGGCCUGCCUCGUGAGUGUGUCGGUGCCCCUCCUGCGCGUGGCGCAGCUCUACGCCACCUGUCAGGACGUGCCGCCCGCGGGUGCAAGGCAGAUGGGCGUCCGCUGCUGCCGCUGGCCCUGGCACCGCUCCGGAGAGCCAGCCACGGGCGCCGACGCCGCCACACGGGCGGGGUCUCCGCAUAGCUCCUCUCCAGGCGCGCGGGGCUCCGCUCGCUCACCCCCAGGCGCACAGUCUCCGAAGACGGCCUUCAAGAACCGCAGCAAGAGCGUCUUUGAGCAGCACGACCUGCCGGGGCACAGCGCCCGCCCUGUGCCAGUGCCGCUGUGGGUGGGCGCCUGCAACGCGGAGCGGCGGAUGCGGUGCACCGUGGCCAUCUCUUGUGGCGCCGAGGUGAUACUCUGCACCCUGUUGUCGACGCUGUUCGUCGGGACGAUGCUGAUGUCGACGUCCAUGGAGGGCCUUGGCAGGGCGGGCGUGGCGAUCCUGGUCGCGGGCGUGGUCGCCGUGCCCGUGGCGCUGCUGCUGCUGCCCGAGCUACUCGUGCUGGGGCUGGGCCAGUCACGUGUCCAGGACAGAGCCCUGGUGCACUACGUGGCCUGGCUGUGGCGGCGGAGGGGGCCCACCGCCGCGGCCGCCCGGGAUAGCGUGGAGGAGGACCCCGAGACCUUGCAGGGUUGGUGGCGGAGCGACGAGCUCGUGCUGACGGAGAUCAGGCCAGGCAGGUCCAUCGUACAGGGGGGCGACAGCGUCGGCCGGGUCCGGGCGCGCGGCGCGCACAGCGUGUGUGCGGAGUUCGACGGCGUGAUCCUCCGAGCCAGCAUCAUCGACGGGCGCCUGGAGUGGGGCAACGGGGAGGUCUGGACCCGGGCGAAAGACGUCGACAGGUCCAAGGAGGACCUGGCGCUCUUGUCGGCCCAGGUCCUCGGCUUCAAGUACCCCGACAUGGGUCCUCUGUCCGCGAGCUGCAGCUGGUUGAGCAGUUGCCCAACCUCUCGCCGGAGAGCGGCGCGCAGAUCGGAAGACGAAAACAAUAACGGGGCCAGGGCGGACGCGCCGCUCCAGGGUGUCCUCACGCUCCAGGUCCCCCACGGAGCCAGCGCCAUGCCGCCCUACCACAUGGUCUCCACGGUUGUCCGCGACGUGAACUUCAAAGGGUAGGUUGUACUCAGAGGCAUGCCUUGGCCUGAUCCUGCGGCGUCUCACAAGACCUGGUCACGCCUGAGCUUGCCCGCCUUCGUGGAGCUCAGUGCGACGCUCUUCCGAUUCCCACCGCUCUCGUCUUCUUCUCUCUCUUUCUCUCUCUCUCUCUCUCUCCCUCUCCUGUUUAUUGAUUACCAUUUGUCCUCAUUGUCUAGUUUCUGGUUGGGCGAUCAUAUCAGCGCCACCACUCCCGCUUUGUCCGAUCUCACCAUUGCCAUGCGUUUUCCUUUUGCAGGCACUCCGUGCUCAUUGCAAUCCCGAGACGUGGGUUUGUUCUAGCGGGUAUGAUUAUGUUCUCAACGCAGUUCCACCACAGUCGCUUCCAGCUCGGUCUUUAGCAUCUCUGUGUUAUUGGGGCAUGUUUUUUCGUGUAAGGGCCGUCGAACGGCGGACCCAGCUUGUCAAUUCGGUAAUGACUCAGCCUCGUUGUAUGUGUUCCCUCUGCCUGAUGGCGUGGAUGUCAGCUUCAAAGGAGUUCCACAUUGUUAAAAAAGCA